GUCUUCCCCUUCCCCAUUGCGUUACAACCGGUUACAACAUCCCCAUCAAUAUGGCCAGCGUGAUGUGUGCCAGACUUCUCCAGAGAUCAGCACGGGGAUUUAAUUUAUCCACACGGACAACCACUGCUUUUUCAAGUCCCUUCCAGUGUCGGGCCCACCGGCUGGGCCCCAGCGAUGACGAGCUGUACCAGCGCACCACGGUGUCAAUCAUGCAGAAGGAGCCUGGGGCCUCCAUUAUGAUCCACGGCUACAGCACUAGAGGGUUCAACAUAGACGACAACAAGGUGUACGGGCCCUGUGCUCUGCUGCCGCCCGCAAUCCUGCAGUGGAACGUUGGCGGCCACGAAGACAUCUCUGAGGAAAGCGUCUCACUCUUCCACCUGCUUGAACCAAGGAUAGAGAUGCUGAUACUGGGAACAGGUUCUCGAACGGAAAGAAUCAACCCUAAAGUCCUCGCCUUGCUGAAGAAGAAAGGCAUCGCUGUGGAGGUCCAAGACACGGCAAACGCUUGCGCCACCUUCAACUUCAUGAUGAGCGAGGGUCGGCUGGUGGCCGCGGGUCUGAUCCCGCCGUCCGUCAGCAAAGCUCUGGAAGUACAUGAGGAGUAGCGACCAAAAAUGACUGAUUCAUUACAGAUCUUCUCCGAGGGAUUCAAACCAAUGACCGUCCCUUGCUAUAUCGGAAAACCGUUCCGUGACUACCACUUCCAGGGGCCGAGGAAUACAACAUCAUAUUCUGCAUUCAUUAUUACAAACAAGGCUGUCUACAUAUCCUCCUGAAUAUCAGUUGAUGUGUAAAUUAAAUUUAAAAUCAGCUGUGACAUCUGAGUUUAGAUGUUACAAUGUCGAUUCUGUAUAGUUGGCUUCUCUUAAGUAAGGACUACAAAUGUGUACAUGAGUAGUUCUGUUUUAUGUGUGGUACUGUCAUGUGAAACAACCACAUGUAAAUUAAUCUUAUUUGUAAGAGGAUCACUGUGUUUCAGGGAAGUGUGUUCGAAUAUAUUUAAGUAUAUUAUUUACUGUGUAUAUUUAUAAAAAAAGACUGAAAACAUCGUGUGUUUUAUAAAAAUCGAGUGGAAUGAAAACCAAAAUGGAAAGUUAAAAGAAAGCACAGCAAAUGUUUCAUUACAUUACAAACAUGGGUGGGUGUCUGGACUGUGUCUGGACUAAGCCCUCUUAUCUCAAGCCCUUGUUGGCAGUACAGUUUGGAAUCCUAUCCUGAUAGGUCCUUUGAGAAGCCAUAAGCCUUAUAGACGCAUCUACCCAUAAAUCCCUAGACAUCGCAGGGAUUCGUCUUUAAUCCACUCUUUCGAUGCGCUUUAAUCAGUGUGCAUCGUUUGGGCCCACACACAUUUGGUAAAUGCACACACUGACAUGUCUUCAAAUCUUAUGUAAAAGUAUGCCUUGAGACUUUUAUAGGACAGUAUGUUUUUAUUCACUCAAAUCCAGAGGUGCACAUUUAUAAAAAACAAUGUUGCCCCAGGCAAAUACUUUGCUGUGGCUGCCAUCUCUAUGCUCCACUACAAAACAGACUCAACACCCUGCACUUAUCAUCUGUAUUACAAAACACACUCUUCAAAACCUGCACUUAUCAGCUGUAUUACAAAUCACACUCCUCAAAACCUGGCACAUAUCAGCUG